CCGGCCAGCGCGGUUCCCGGAUCCGCCUCCGGGAAUCGCCGUCCUCCGGCGGCUUCUCCGCGCCUUGCGACCCCAGCGCGCCGCUCGCUGCAGAGGAUGAGCCGCCUCUACCAGGACGGCGCCCUCCGGAACAAGGCGGUGCGGAGCACACGGCUGCCCGGGGCCUGGGACCCCGCUGCCCACCAGCGGGGAGACGGCAUCCUGCUAGAGGGAGAACUGGUUGAUGUAUCUCGGCACAGCAUCACGGAUGCCCAUGGCAGGAAGGAGCGUUACUCUGUGCUGUAUAUCCGGCCCAGUUGCAUCCAUCGCCGUAAAUUCGACCCCAAGGGAAACGAAAUUGAGCCCAACUUCAGCGCCACCAGGAAAGUGAACACAGGCUUCCUCAUGUCGUCCUACAAGCUAGAAGCCAAGGGGGCCACUGACAGCCUCACACUCGAGGCACUGAAGGUGCUGGUCAAUAAGCCAGAGCUGCUGGUGCUGACGGAGAGUCUUACCCCCGAGCACACAGUGGCCUUCUGGAUAUCUGAGUCAGAGAUGGAGGCAAUGGAGCUCGAGCUGGGGACUGGGGUACGGCUGAAAACUCGGGGUGACGGCCCCUUCCUAGUUUCUUUUCCUUCAGAUUCAUUGGCCAGACUCGAGGCUGGAACAGUGACCAAGUGUAACUUUGCUGGUGAUGCAAAGACAGGAGCUUCCUGGACGGACAACAUCAUGGCCCAGAAGUCUUCAGAGGGGCCCACAGCGGAGAUCCGAGAACAGGGGGAUGGGGCAGAGGAUGAGGAGUGGCCAGAAGAAAUUCAACAGCAAAUUGUUCGAGAGACUUUCCAUUUAGUCCUCAAGAGGGAUGACAACAUCUGUAACUUCUUGGAAGGUGGAAGUUUGAUUGGUGGUUCUGACUACAAACUGAUAUACCGGCACUAUGCUACCCUCUACUUUGUGUUUUGUGUGGAUUCAUCAGAAAGUGAACUUGGGAUCUUGGACCUCAUCCAGGUUUUCGUGGAGACUCUGGAUAAGUGUUUUGAAAAUGUGUGUGAAUUGGAUUUGAUCUUCCAUAUGGAUAAGGUACACUACAUCCUGCAGGAAGUGGUGAUGGGCGGGAUGGUGUUAGAGACAAACAUGAAUGAAAUUGUGGCUCAAAUUGAAGCUCAAAACAGGCUGGAGAAAUCUGAGGGUGGCCUCUCAGCAGCUCCUGCACGGGCUGUGUCUGCUGUUAAAAAUAUCAAUCUGCCUGACAUUCCUCGGAACAUCAACAUUGGCGAUCUCAACAUCAAAGUCCCCAACCUGUCCCAGUUUGUCUGAGCGGUGAGGAUUGGGCUGAACUGGAGUCCUUAAAACAAGCAAAGCCAUGCAAGUUGGAAAAUAGAACCCAUUUUGAGCCUUAGAAGAGUCAAGCCUCAGGAGCCUGACCCUUUCUGUCUGGGGAAGACCGUGUGGCGUGAAGCAAGCGGGGAAGGGAUUUCUAUUUAUCAGCUCUCACGUGUGCAGCCGUGCCACUCUCUGAUACAUGUAGCCAGCGCAGACCUGAGGGGCUUGCCUGCCUCGGUGGGGAGUCAACGUGACCAAGCCAUUCACACCUGUAUUUCCUGCACAUAGCCACUUUCAGGACUGUGUCAAGUAGCCCCGUCUACUUCCCAGAACCCCUCCACUAGGACGGAACCCAGCCACUGACUAGUCUUUAUCUUUAACCCCACAGCUUCCGAAUUCCUGUAGCAUUUACUUGUUGGUGAGGUGCCAUAGGCAGGAAAGGACUGGCCCUACAGAGUAAGGGGUUUGGUGUAUGGCAAGUAAGGGCAGGAUUUUAUGAGAACGAGGGUUACCUGCAGGCCCUACUAGGGCUGUUACACCCAGAAUCCUUUCACAUAGUCAAGCUUUCUGGUUCCCGACUCUUACAGAAUACACUUCCUCCAUGGCACAGUCCCAGUUCUGGCUCACAGGUAUUUAUGUGCAGGACGCAAUCCAAAUCAUAGUGUUGGGGCAUGCCCACUUCAUUUCUGCUCAUAACAAAAGCACACCCCACACACAGACCAGAGAGGUCCUACCUCACAGAGGAACAAUCCAGAACUGCAACUUUCUGAGGUUAAAAUGCACUCUCCUGGGAGCAGAAGUUCAAUUGCUGGGCCAUGAAUGGUGAGUGGCUUCAGCAGGGA